CAUUAGUGUGGGGGAAUCCCCCUGACUACAACCCUUCACACUCAUACGCGAUCGAUUGCACCAUCUCUUCGCCUGCGCUUCUGUCAUUGAGAUCGUUGGCCGAAUGAAAAUAAAUCGACCCGAAAAGGGUUUGAAUUACCACGGAUUUCUCCAUACGACAAUGGAAAACCUUAAUUUCAGCACCAAAUCGCGCUAGAAUGGGUUUGCCACAUAUGAUAUGAAGGGCGUCAUUGAAAUAAGUGUGCUUGUGUUACUAUGGGUGCAAUUUCUGAUAGAGUGUCGACCCAUAUCAUGUCCUCUAGCGCAUAACAUUGUUAGGUAUGGUCCUAAUAAUGAAACGGUGGGCUGUGUUCGUUGUCCAAACUGCCCCAUUGGACAGGGGUUGUCAUAUCCUUGUGGAUCCAAGGUGUUCAUUGAUUCGAAAAUUGAAUGCAUAUUUUGUGAGCCAAACAAAACUUACUCGGAUGAGCAUGGAAUACGCCACUGCAAACAAUGUCAAGACUGUGGUUUAAGGAAUGUGAUUAAGGAAUGCUCGAUUUACCAGAACCGCGAGUGUGGGAAGAUAUGUCCCAAAGGGUAUGUUUUUCAUGAUAACAUUGAUGGCUGCUGGGAAGUGAAAUCAGUGACACCCACAACUAUGUCAACACAUUCAACUAAAAGUGUUAAACUCAUGGAUCUUAUUCACACAGAAACAACUGAAACACACCCAAAAACAGAAGUUCAUGACACUACCAUCAUUUCAAAUCAUUCUGUUGAGGUAAAGACGAGCAGCAGCCAGCUCCAAUUCCCAUCAGCAGGUGUUGAUAAUACACCAACACAAGCAACUUUACCAAAAAAUGGAAAUGAGGCCUCCUCAAAUGUGUUGUCAACAAAGGAAGUACAGCCUAGACAGGACCACAAAACACUUCUAGUAAUUAUCUAUGUUUUAGCAACAGUAAUUGUUCUGAUUUUAUUAGUACUGGUGAUUUUAUUAGUACUGGUGAUGAAGACUGUCUUCAAAGCAAGGCAAUAUCGCUCUGAAAAGAGACAUGAAGAGUCCUCAGAUAGUGCAGAGGAAAAUAUUCCACUGGCUGAUACUGAUGCAAGUGAGGGUUCAGAAGCUAAUAUUAGUAACUCUACAACACAAGAAGAUUUGCGUGAUCUUGAUCCUCAAGACAAGACCAAAGAACAACUGUUAGAAAAGGCAUUGGUAGACACUCCUACAGAUAACAACUUAUCAGAAAAUGAGGUGUCUUCUAAUUCAGACGAUGCUCAAGCAGAGGAUGAAAUGAAUCUAGAAAAUAUUCCAGAAGAAAUUCUUGUCUCUUAUAUGGAACUCUUAAUAUGUGAUAAGAAUGGUAACCUGUUCAACUAUGUUCAAACAAAACUUGAUGCCAUUGAAACCUGCACUCGCAAAACAUGGCCUAGUGUUGGAAGAGAGCUGAAGGUUCAUCCUGAUACUGUAAACUUGAUAGAAGCUGACAGGAGAAGUUCCACAGAAUGUCUACUUGAGAAAUUAAAAACAUCAGGAAAAGAGCCCACAAUGAGGGAAUUUGUUAAAGCCCUCAAAAACUGCGAAAGAAAUGACAUGGUAAGAUACAUCUGCAACUGGCCAUGGGGAGAGGAUAUUCCAGCACAACAGCAUCAGAACCAAUCAAUAUAUUCCAAACAAAACUCUCAGACAGCACAAAACGAGGGAGACUAAAAACAAUGAAGAAUUUGGAUGUAGACAUCAGGGUGCAUUCUGCUUCAAGUGCUACGAGACAAAUGGUAGUCUCAUUUGGGACAAUAACAUCUCUGAAUUACAACAAAGACUCAGACAGGAUUGAACAAGUUGUGACAAAAAUAUCAUAGGACCUAUAGUCUACCAGCUACAAGUUAUAUGCCCUUGGUCACAUGAAUGAAGUUCCCUGUGGAAGCUGUUGGCAGCCUGGGGAUUAGCAGCCCAGAGGGCCACUGCAAUGCUGGUAAAAUUAUAUAUUCAUGUAAUCUGUACAUAGUAUAUUUAACGCCUAUAAUCAUCUCAAUUCAAACAAGCACGAGUGGAAUAAUUGUUUUAUUAACAAAAAAAAUGCCCCCAACAUAUUAGACAAAUCUUCUCGACU